AUGUGCCGGGCAAGGAGAUCAUUCCAACUCAUCUCCAUUUGUCGAAUGCAUGGCAUUCUAAUGAGAGGCGCAGAGAUAAUUGUUGAGAAAGGGCAAUUCGUCGGAACGCGCUUUGCACUAACAUGCAUAUUGGAACUACUUAGCAAAGAUCAGUGGAACUCAGGCUUAAAGACCUCGACUGUUCGGUGGAUUGAGAAAUUCGAUGAGAUGGAAACGCAGAGGGAGAAUGGAGGCGGUGGCAGUGCAGAUGAGCAAAUGGAGAAGCUGAAGAUUUUCCUGAACGACGUGACCGAGACACUUGCAGUGAAACUGAAACCCUAUGAUGAUGAGGUGGCUGGAGAAGUCACUCAAUAG